AUGGACGAAGACAAGAUAACGCCAGUGUACGCCUUUGAUGAUACGGCACUCAACCGUGUGAUGCCAGUAUGCCAGGUCCUCCGCUUCCCGGACAUCAUGGAUCCCGAGGUCCUUCGCACGUCCUUGAAAAGCCUCCUCGAAAUAGGGAACUGGAAAAAGCUGCGAGGUCGUUGGAGACUUGACACGGAAAUUUGGCCUGUUCUCAUCCCUCCUGAAUGGCCGCAAAGUAUGUCGGAUCUCGCGGACCCAAAGAGCGAUCUCCCGAUUCUGGGACUUCACGUCAUAUCAUUUAGCAAUGCAACGGUCGUUGCAUUGAACUACAGCCACGUGCUCAUGGACGGUGGAGGUGCAAAUGCCUUCAUGAAAGCCUGGACCAAUGUGGUGAAUGGCAGGCAAGCCGAUGUUGCCCCACUGGCUGGUGCAUGGAGCGACCCUCUCGACCUCAUCCGCCAGGAAAUCGAACAAAAUGGCACCGAAAAGUUUGUCUUGCAGGACCGUGUGAUAGAUAUGGGAGACUUUCUACCUGACGACAAGGAUGCAAAAGUGCAAGAUCCGCUUUGGGACAUGUCCUCGCCCGAGUCGCGCUGGCGCAUCAUAUGUCUUACGUCUAGGGCUGCGGACGCGAUCUUGAAGCAGGCGAGGGACAGCUUGCCCUCCGACUCGUUCGCAACUGAAGACGAUAUGAUAGCUGGCUGGAUUGCGAAAACCGUGGCAGGUUUCCUGCCAGCCUCUCGCCCUGUCAACUUGAUGCGAGUGUACGAUCUGCGCCGUGCCUUGGCCAAAGCCGGCCUGUUGGAGCCCGAGGCUGCGUAUGUUCAAAACAUGUACCAGAUGGCUUGGACAUUAACACCGGAAGCAAAAUUUUUAGCAGAUGCCCCACUAGGUAAGAUUGCAGUAGGUCUUCGUUCGACGCUCUCCGAGCAGACCACAAUUGGCCAGAUACGUGCGACGAUCAAGGCACGCCUGGACUCAGGAAUGACACCGCUUUACGGCGAUCCCAAGGGCAUGGUUUUUACUGCCAACAGUCGAGUGAAGAACCACAAUUGCAGGAAGAUGGACUUUUCUGGAGCAGUCAAAUCGGCGUGUGGCGUUGAUAAAAAUGGAGAUAUGGCGGACGAGGAUAAACUAGCGCAGGCUGGUACACCUGAUUAUAUUGAGACGCUUGUCCAACUUCCAGGUCCGCCCCCAGGUCCAAAUUUCAUUCAGGGCGCAAUCGACAGAAAUGGAAAUAGGACUAUUUGCACUUUCUUGUCAAAUACAAUGUGGCUCAAGAUGGAGGAAGCGCUAAAGGAGCUUGAUCAAUUAGUUUAG